AUGCUCGUCAAGAUUCAGCAGGAAUCGUGGUUGGCGGGCGGCAGAAGAAAAUCCAGUCAGUUGCCGUUGAAACACCGAGGCGCGCACAUCACAGGCGCGCAGUCGGUUUCAAAAACAAAAACACCGAAAAAAUUUAUAAUCGAGAAAAACACGCGAAUUUUCUCUCGAAAUUUCCCGGAAAAUCGGGAGAAAAGCGCUGUUUCGUUGACAGAUAUCGUCCGGAGUCUUCGAGCCCGGAACCGAAUUGAAAGAUUAUCAAAAAUACAAUUUUUGGACCAAACAGAAGAAAUAAAUGAACCUAGGCUUUCUAAAUGGCUGCCCUACAACAUGCAAAUCUCUGGCAAGAUGGCUGUGGUUGCCGAAAAACAAGAGCUCCGAAAAUCGGAGAUAUUCCAAGUUGACUUAAAACCAAAGGAGGUUCUGGCCGUUUUGAACUCCACAAUUUCCGAGCUACCAACCUUGCAAAGUCACAAAAACAUUCAGGACCAACCUAAGGACGAAAAAUCCCCCAACAAACCCCCUCAAAAUGCUGUGAUAUCGAAUAAAGUGCCUUCGAAACAAGUUUUUUCACAAUCAAAAUCAUUGGCGAUAGAUAACAGGCCCAUUUUCCCUAACUGCCCCUUUUCCCCCUACAAUAGCCCCACGAGUAGCCCCAGGAGCAACAGAAAACGUCAACCUCUCAGAGAAUCCAGACGGGUUAGCAUUGAAAAGUCAGGGAUGUACUUACAACUCAACCAGUACAAAUUGAUGGACUCCAUUGGACAGGGUUCCUAUGGUAUAGUAAAACUAGCGUAUAACGAAGAAGACGAUACGCACUAUGCCAUGAAAAUCCUCUCGAAAAAGAAGCUGCUGAAAAAGGCAGGCAUAUUUGGAAGACUUCCGCCUAGGAAGGAAAAGACCGGUAAUAUUGCACACCCUGUACAUAAAGUGUACAGGGAGAUCGCCAUUUUGAAAAAACUCGACCACCCGAAUGUUGUGAAGCUCGUGGAGGUGUUAGACGACCCGGUAGAAGACCAUUUAUACUUGGUUUUUGAACUUUUGGAGAGAGGCCAAGUAUUGGAAGUCCCAACUGAUAAACCUCUGCUUGAAGAAGAAGCCUGGGCUUACUUUCGCGACGUAAUCCUAGGAAUUGAAUACCUCCAUUACCAAAGAAUAAUCCAUAGAGACAUAAAACCGGCAAACUUACUUCUAAGCGAGAAUAAUCGCGUUCAAAUAGCAGAUUUGGGCGUGUGCAACGAGUUCCACGGAUCCGAUGCGUUUUUGUCUAGCACCGCGGGCACCCCUGCCUUUACGGCGCCCGAGGCUUUGGGAGAACAAAGAGCCGGCUUCAGUGGAAAGGGUGCCGAUAUAUGGUCGAUGGGUGUGACUCUAUACGCUUUCGUGUACGGUAAAAUACCAUUUUUCGACGACAACAUAAUCGGUUUGUACCAGAAAAUCAAAAAUCAGGCCGUAUACUUCCCCGAAAGCCCCGAAGUCAGCGACAAUUUAAAGGAUUUGAUCAGAAAAAUGUUGAUUAAAGACCCAACUAACAGGAUCACGUUGCCUGAGAUCAAGGAACACAUUUGGGUGACGAAAAACGGUAGACACGUAUUGCCAACCGAAGAGGAGAACUGUCAGCUGGUGGAAGUCACUGAAGAAGACGUAGAAAGAGUUAUAACUUCAAUACCAAAGUUGGAUACUUUAAUAUUGAUCAAACACAUGCUGAAAAAACAUUCCUUCCAGAACCCAUUCUUGCACAGAAGAGAUUCAAACACGUCAAGAACCGACCAAUCAGAGGAUAGCAAACAAAAUCAGAGGUACCAACAUAUCGGGAGAUCGGGUCGUUCGAAUUCCGCGCCAGGUUCUUGUGGAUUUCUUGCGGAAAAACAAAUAUCCCUAGAUUCCCCCCUAGAAGCCGUUAAAGAGGUGGUAAUAGAAGAAAUACCCAAAUUAUCAAACAAUCGGUGAUAAUAAUUUUUUAUUUUUAUAUUUUGACUCUUUUUUUGUAAUAAAG